GUGCGCGCUUUGGGCACGUUCGCAGAGGGCUCGCGGUAGUCUGUGAGAGAGGAGCACGCACGCAGCAGCAGCAUCCGCGGCUCGUUGAAGCUGGGUGUGACAGACAGACAGCAUCUUUACAACCGGGAGGACAAGUCCACGGGAAUUGUUUGGUUUUUCCGUCUGUAACGUGACCUGCAACGCACUGUUAAAAUGGCAACCGCUGAAGAUAUCCAGGUCAAGGAGCUCGACAAGCGAGCCUCUGGACAAGCCUUUGAGGUGAUCCUGGCUACUCCUGCCCCAGAUGCCAAGGGUGACUUCCCCCUGUCUCCUCCUAAGAAGAAGGAUGUCUCACUGGAGGAAAUUCAGAGGAAGCUGGACGCUGCAGAGGAGAGACGCAAGAACCAUGAAGCCGAGGUUCUGAAGCACUUAGCUGAGAAGCGCGAGCAUGAGAAGGAGGUGCUGCAGAAAGCUAUGGAGGAGAACAACAACUUCAGUAAGAUGGCAGAGGAGAAACUCAACCAGAAGAUGGAGGCCAACAAAGAGAACCGCACAGCACUUAUGGCAGCGAUGAACGAGAAAUUCAAGGAGAAGGACAAGAAGUUGGAAGAGGUGCGAAAGAACAAGGAAACCAAAGAGGGCACUUCGGAAGACUGAAAGUUGCAAACGGGGGAUUGUAUAGGGUUUUUUACGUAUCCAAAGAUUGAUUUAUUUUUUGUUCGGCCAGUAUUUUUGUUGUGUUCACUACCCACCUUUUUGAAAUAAGAAAUACAAGUUCCACUUUGUGUAUUUUUUCAAUUCUCCUGCUAUAAGUGUACUUGCGCUGGUUUUACAUGUGGUUUCCCCCCACCCCCUGUUGAGUCUAAUCCAUUUGAUUAUGUAGCUUGUCAGUGCAGCUUCUGCCCUUUUUGGAAAAAUUAGCAGUGUGUACUUAUCCUUUUUUUGAGGAAGCAUGUUUCUAUGCAUAGGUCUUUUACCCCUGCCUAUUUCAUAGUGGGUUUUGAAAAUGUUCCUGUGAAUCACACCUGUUCUCGGCACUUACUGUAUAUUUAAAAAACAAAACAAGAAAAAAGUAGCACAAGGUUUUGAUCAAAGGCGUCGGCUGUUAAAACAUGCAAGUGUUUAGUGCAGCUUUGCUACCCCCAGAUUCUGCUAGUUUGCUCCUGCACAUCAUGUUUCGUGCCACUGCUGAUUCCUUGCUUUUUGUAAAAAUACCAAGUUGUCUUUUAAGCACAUGACUUCUUGCUGUAUAGCUGUGAAUUAACAUGCCAAACAUGCAAAAUGGAUUCCACCUUGAAGAGCACUGAACAGGGGCCUACACAUGGAAUGCAAAUGAGCAAUACACUUUGGCAUCUCAAUAGAUACAGUGGCUAGUUGACUUGAACUGUUGUACUAAAACAAAUAAAAAAAGAAAAUGGCAA